AUGUCCCCUGCUGUGGGCUCGGGGCUGGGGGUCUGGCGAUGCCCUGUGCUGUGUCCCGGCUCCAGGGCCCCCCGUUAGCCCCAAACCCUCCUGUCGCUGCGCCCAGGUGCGGGUGCCCAGGUGAGUCGGGGCUUCAAGCUGCAGCAGCCCCAGGACAAGGUGUCGGUGACAGCGGGGGAGACGCUCACCCUGACCUGCACCACGUCUGGAGACGCUCCCCCUGGCCCCGUGAAGUGGCUGAAGGGCUGGGGCAGUGGGAGCCAGACCAUCUAUGACCAGACGAACCCCCUCACCCAUGGGAUGAGGGCAGUGAAUGGGUCCAACACGGACUUCACCAUCCGCAUCAGGGAUGUUCAACCCAAGGAUGCCGGCACCUAUUACUGCGUGAAGUUCCGCAGAACAGUGGGCAGUGAUGAGGUGUAUCAGCAUGGAGAAGGCACGGAGGUGUCUGUACGUGCCAAACCCACCCCCCCGGUUGUGUCCGGGCCCGAACACAGAGCGGGGCCGGGGCAAUCGGUGGCUUUCACCUGCACGGCCGGAGGGUUCUUCCCUGAAGACAUCGGUGUGAAAUGGCUCAAGGAUGGGGUCCCCAUCUCGGCUCAGCAGCCAACGAUCACCCCUGGGCAGAUGAAAUCCUCCUACAACAUGGUCAGCACCGUGACGAUGCCACUGGGGGUGGACGACGUCCGCUCACAGGUCGUCUGCGAGGUGCGGCACCCCACGCUGACGGCCCCGCUGAGGGAGACGUACCAGCUCAGGCAAGCCCUGCGAGUUUCCCCCAGCAUCCAGGUGGACGCUGACCCGCCGAGCCCUGUUGGGGUGAACAAGACCGUGAAAUUCACCUGCCACGUGAAGGGGUUUUACCCCAGGGACGUGGCCAUCACCUGGCUGGAGAACGGGACGGAGAUGAACAUGGAGAACGUCUCCCAGCCAGUGGAGACGCCCCAGGGCUUGUUCAAGCUGAGUAGCCUGGUGGAGGUCAAAGCGAUGGAGGAGAAGAACGGGUCCGUGUUCACCUGCCGUGUGGUGCACGAUGCCCAGGAGCCCGUCGACAGGACGGCCACCCUGUGGAUCACUGCCACGUCCAAGUCGGAAACGACAGACUCAUCCCAGACAGUUAACGGUUGGAACCUCCUGUCCAGCCCCGGCUUGUGGCUUGGCAUCCUGCUGGAGAAGGGGCUCCUCGGUGGGCUCCUCCUCUUCCUCUUCAAACGUGCGAUGGCAUGAGGAGGGAAACACGGGGGCAGCCCCCACGUCAUGCUCUCUCUCGGUCCCCCGUUCCUUGGAUGGUGGCACCGGGAGCGGGUCUUGGUGCUCGGCCACCGCGGGCUUUGUCCUGUGUACCUGGAAAUAAAGGGGCCGG